UAUCAUCAAAAGUUCGAUGUUCUUUUUUCAUACCAAUAAAAAGCUUCUUAAGAUAUUAUUUAGGUUUUUUUUAUGAGCUUAGAAUAGAUUUUUACCUUUCUCCUUCUUUGUUUACAAAACUAUAAAAAUCCAGAACUUCUUUGCAAAUUUAGUUCAGUUUUCACAAGUCAACGACGAAGUAAGACGCUACUAAACUAUGAGAUCAUUUAUCAUUUUUGGAUUCUUGGCUGCAGCAGUCAGUGCUGGUGUUUUGCCUGGUUACAAUUACGGACCUGGAGUAUCCGGUGUACGUCAACAAGUUAGCCAUGUAAGCGGCAUUUCUGGAAACCUUAUUGGUCAAGGAUCUUCAAGCUACAGCAGUGGUGGUCUUAUCAGUUCUGGCAGUGGAAUCUCCAGCUCAUCAUCAGGCGGUAGCUUGAUCAGCAGUGGAGGAUUUGGAAGCAGCUCAGGAAAUGGUUUCAUCAGCAGCGGUGGAUAUGGAAGCAGCUCUGGAAGUGGUUUGUACGGUAGCUCAAGCAGUGGAAUCAUCAGCAGCGGAAACUACAAACAAGCUGGAAACACCUUAAACAUCGGUUUUGACGCUCUUGACUCUGUCCCACAAACCGUUGAAUACAGCAAACAAUUCUACAACUUUGAAGCUCCCGAAGAAGCCCAUGAAGAAGGACAAGUCACUAGGCAAUUGAGCAAUGUCUUGAAGAAGAAUCUCCAAGUUGUCUUCAUCAAGGCCCCAGAAAACAACGCUGCCACCAAUGCCGCCCUUCAACUUGCCAAACAAGCUAUCGAACAAAGAACCGCUAUUUAUGUUCUUACCAAGCAACAAGACGGUGCUCAUUUGGUUGGACAACUUCAACAAAUCCAAGAGAAUGUACAAACCAAACCUGAGGUUAAAUUUGUCAAAUACAGGACCAACGAAGAUGUUCUACGUGCCAAGGCUGAGAUCCAAGCUCAAUACGAUAACUUUGGAGGAGCUUCUGAGAACUACGAUGGUGGAGUUGCACCAGUUUUGAACUAUGCUAGCCCUGGAAGCCCAUCACAAAUUAUUCUUGGAGGGUCAAGCUCUGGAAGUAGCUAUGGAUCUGGAAGCAGCUUCGGAUCCGGUUCAAGCAUUGGCUCUGGAAGUAGCUUUGGAUCUGGUUCAACUCAAUUUAUUGGUGGUGCUAGCAAAUACCAAUCUGGUUCAUCCAUUGGCUCUGGAUCAACACAAUUGAUUGGAGUUGGUAGUCUUGGUAGUUCAUCAUCAAAUAUUGGAAGCAGUACUUACAGCUCUAGUUCAUCUAAAACUGGAAGCAGCACUUUUACCGCUGGUACGUCAUACUUGCCCCCAAUUGUCGCUAAGAAAUGAAUAUCAUCAAACCAUAUGUAAAAAAAAAACAGUAUUUUUAAUGAAAAUGAAUAAAUCAGCAUAUAAAUUAUAAAA